UGAGAGCGCCGGCCCUCUCCCCACCUGCUCCUCUGUCCCUCCAGGGGCUGCCGCCCAGCCCCCCACCUGGUCCCCCUGGGCAGGCAGACGCGGGGUCUCCCGCGAAGGCGGUCCCCAUGGCCGGGUGCCGGUGGGGCGUGCUGUGGGUGUGCGUGGUGGCGGCCAUCCUGCUGCACCGGGGCGGGCUGGUGCACGGCGACUGCUGGCUGAUCGAGGGUGACAAGGGCUUCGUGUGGCUGGCCAUCUGCAGCCAGAACCAGCCGCCGUACGAGGCCAUCCCGCAGCAGAUCAACAACACCAUCGUGGACCUGCGGCUCAACGAGAAUCGCAUCCGCAGCGUGCAGUACGCCUCGCUGAGCCGCUUCGGCAACCUCACGUACCUCAACCUCACCAAGAACGAGAUCGCCUACAUCGAGGACGGCGCCUUCUCGGGCCAGUUCAAUCUGCAGGUGCUGCAGCUGGGUUACAACCGACUGCGCAACCUGACAGAGGGCGUGCUGCGCGGGCUGAGCAAGCUGGAGUACCUGUACCUGCAGGCCAAUCUCAUCGAGGUGGUCACGCCCAGCGCCUUCUGGGAGUGCCCCAACAUCGUCAACGUCGACCUGUCCAUGAACCGCAUCCAGCGGCUGCACAGCACCACCUUCGCGGGCCUGGCCAAGCUGUCCGUGUGCGAGCUCUACAGCAACCCGUUCUACUGCUCCUGCGAGCUCCUGGGCUUCCUGCGCUGGCUGGCGGCCUUCACCAAUGCCACACACACCUAUGACCGCAUGCAGUGCGAGUCGCCGCCGCUCUACUCCGGCUACUUCCUCCUGGGCCAGGGCCGCCACGGCCAGCGCAGCAUCCUCAGCAAGCUGCAGUCCGUGUGCACCGAUGGUGCCCACGUGGCUGAGCCGCCCCCGGCACCGGGACGCCUGCCCCCUGGCCGCUCGCCGCCUCCGCCCCCGCCGCCGCCGGAGCCCAGCGAGGCCCCGUGUGCCGACGAGGAGUGCUUCUCGGGUGACGGCACCACGCCGCUGGUGGCCCUGCCCACGCUGGCCCCCCAGGCCGAGGCGCGGCCCCUCCUGAAGGUCAAACAGCUGACUCAGAACUCGGCCACCAUCACGGUGCAGCUGCCCAGCCCGUUCACCCGCAUGUACACGCUGGAGCACUUCAACAACAGCCGCUCGUCCACCGUGUCUCGGCUGACCAAGCCCCAGGAGGAGAUCCGCCUGACCAACCUGUACACGCUCACCAACUACACCUACUGCGUGGUGUCCACCAGCUCCGGGCUGCGCCACAACCACACCUGCCUCACCAUCGGCCUGCCCAGGCCGCCCAGCCCGCCAGGCCCCUUGCCCAGCCCGCCCACGGCCACCCACUACAUCAUGACCGUCCUGGGCUGUCUGUUCGGCAUGGUGCUGGUGCUCGGCGCCGUCUACUGCUGUCUGCGCAGGCGGAGGCGCCAAGAGGAGAAGCACAAGAAGGCGGCCGCGGCCGGCAGCCUCAAGAAGACCAUCAUCGAGCUCAAGUACGGGCCCGAGCUGGAGGCCCCCGGCCUGGCCCCGCUGUCCCAGGGCCCGCUCCUGGGGCCCGAGGCGGUGACCCGCAUCCCAUACCUGCCGGCGCCUGCCAGCGAGGUAGAGCAGUACAAGCUGGGGGAGAGUGGCGGGACACCCAAGGCCAGCAAGGGCAACUACAUGGAGGUCCGCACGGGGGAGCAGAUGGAGCACAGGGACUGCGAGCUGGGCCGGCCCGGCCCCGACAGCCAGAGCUCCGUGGCCGAAAUCUCCACCAUCGCCAAGGAGGUGGACAAGGUCAACCAGAUCAUCAACAACUGCAUCGACGCGCUCAAGUCCGAGGCCACCUCCUUCCAGGGCGGCAAGUCUGGGGCCGUGUCCACGGCCGAGCCACAGCUGGUGCUGCUGUCGGAGCCACUGGCCGGCAAGCACGGCUUCCUGGCCCCCGUCUACAAGGACACCUUCAGCCAUGGUCUGCAGCGGCACCACAGCGUGGAGGCGGCCACUGGGCCGCCGCGCGCCAGCACCUCCUCCAGCGGCUCUGCACGCAGCCCGCGAGCCUUCCGUGCCGAGGCCGCUGGUGCGCACAAGGCCGUGGCCGCCGAGGCCAAGUACAUUGAGAAGAGCUCCCCAGCCCCCGACGCCAUCCUCACUGUGACGCCCGCAGCCGCCGUGCUGCGGGCCGAGGCUGAGAAGGGCCGCCACUACGGCGAGCACCGGCACUCGUACCCCGGCUCCCACCCCGCCGAGCCCCCCGCGCCCCCCGCGCCCCCGCCCCACGAUAGCCUGGGUGGCCGCAAGGCGUCCAUCCUGGAGCCGCUGACCCGGCCGCGGCCCCGCGACCUGGCCUACUCGCAGCUGUCUUCACAGUACCACAACCUGAGCUACUCCUCCAGCCCCGAGUACACCUGCAGGGCCUCCCAGAGCAUCUGGGAGCGCUUCAGACUGAGCCGCCGGCGGCACAAGGACGACGAGCAGUUCAUGGCGGCCGGCCACGCCCUGCGCAAGAAGGUUCAGUUCGCCAAAGACGAGGACCUCCACGACAUCCUGGACUACUGGAAGGGCGUGUCGGCCCAGCACAAGUCCUGAGCCCGCGGCCGGCGCCCGCCCCGCACCUUCCCCGGGACUUGUGGUGCCCACGGGACCAAAAAGGACACAAGACCCACUGCAGCUAUUCGUAACCCAGAGACUCCCACGCAGCACACCACACACGUGCACGCGUGUAGACACACACGCACCGACCCAUGCACACACAGAGACAGAUGCGCACAGACGCAUACACAUGUGCACGGAGACCCAUGCUCACACGUGCACACACACGCAUGCGUGCACACGCAGACACACGCACACAGACGCUCACACGUGCACACACGGACACACAUGCAGACACAUACAGAGACAGAUGCACACACAUGCAGAGACGCUCACACACGGAGACACACACGCAUGUGCACACAGACACGCACACAGCCGGUGUGGAAGCCUGGGGCCCACAGAGAGCGCGGCGGGGAGGGGGUGCUGCCGCUCACAACAGAGGAGGAGCCACGGCCUCCACACACACACUGUGCACAUAGACACGAGACACGCGCACACAAGGGACUUGAGAAAACUGUGUCUGGGGGUGGGGGAAGGGACUUUUUUUUCAUUAUCUUUCCUCUUUGAUUCUUCUCUGUCUUCUUGAUCUUCCUGUCUUUAUUUUCUUCCUUUUUUAAAGAAAAAAAUAAAAGAUCUCUUAAAGACAUAAAACACCAGACACGGGGGGUGCGGCCUGCAUGGCCACCCGGCUCCUCCCAUGAUCUCCUCGUCCUGGUUUGCUGUGGAUUCUCUCCUCCGUCCAUCUCUUUGCUGCCAACUCCAGAGGCCACCAAAGAGGGGACAGAGCGAGUGAGGUGGCCGGGUGGCCUCCAGGACCCGCCCAGAGCCCUGCAGGGCACGCGGGGCACAGGGAGGGCUGUGCCUGGGGUGGCUGGAAGGGUCGCGGGCUGGGCGUGUGUGCUCUGUCCCCGUCCCCACUGUACGCUGUCGUCGUCCCGUUGUACAGAAAAAUAUUUCUAUAUUUGCAAUGUUCGCUGUAAAACGAGAAAGAGACUAUGUCUACUAAAAAAAAAAAAAAAAAUCUGCAAAGGGAAAAACCCAAAUGCUUGUACUGGGUUUUUACUGUGGGGGUUUAGGGAAAGAUUUGGGUUUCUUUUAUAUGCUAUCUGUGGGGGGGGGUUAUUGGUUUUGGCCUUGGGUUGGGGUUACACAUAGGGUCACCACUGAGCCCUCCUCCCUGGAGACCAUGGGCAGGGGGCACACGAGAGGGUUGGAGAAUGUUGGAGAGUGUGCAGAGGCGGUGUGGACGGGGAGGAAGGAGCUAGGGCCACGUGUCUGAUGUGCGUGGGCGUGAGUGGGUGGCCGGAGGUGACGGGCGGCUGGUGUGGCCCCAGAUUCAGAGUGAGCGAGCAGUUUGAGUGUAUGAACCACACCAGACCAUUAAAACUCCAAAGAAAAGCCUCUCUCCGUGGCCGGCGCUGGUGCUGUUUGCCACGGAGGCCACAGGCUCCCUAGUGCCCGGCCCAAGCCCUGGGUCCAGCAGAGCCGCCUUCUCCCAGAAGAGUGGGUGGCCGGGGCCCUGCAGGGCAGGGGCCUCUCGCCUGGGCCCCUCCCUCCCUCUCUCCCGCUGCCAGCCCUGGGGCUGGCCCUCCUGCCU